AUGCUUGAUUGUCCGAUAGAAUUGACUCCACCCAGAUCGUUGACUGACAACGUCCUGAUCUACAAUAACGGGAUUCCCCGAAAAAGCGGAAGCUCUCUGAAAAUUGUCUGCUGUGUUUUGCGAAACUGUUUGAUAGACUUGAAAAUGUCAUCCGAAGAAGAGGACGAUCAGAUUACGGAUUUGGAGGCAAUUCGCGACAAAAUUUUGAGUCAACCACGCGGUGAGCGAAUGCAAGUAAGUGCCUGGGAAGAUGACGACGACGGUAUUGAAGAGUACCAAAACGCGAGAGAACCAGACAGUAAAGCCGUCCUAGCAGCAGCUGAAAAAGGUGAUUUAGACAUGAUCAGACAGCUCAUUAUCAGAGAUCCUAGUUUAAUCCAUUCCACAGACCACGAUGGUUAUACUCCUCUUCACAGAGCCUGCUAUGGAAAUCACAUAGACGUAGUCGAGUACUUGCUUGAAAAUGGAGCAAAAAUAGAUGCCAAGACCAAUGACGGCUGGGAGCCUCUGCAUUCUGCGUGUUGUUGGAAUCAUGUUGAUUGUGCAGCUGUGCUGAUAGCCAAUGGAGCUGAUAUAAAUGCUAAAUCAAAAGGGGAUCAAACGCCUCUUCACUUGGCAAGUGCAAGUUCUCACAAUUCUCCAGCAUUACAGCUGCUACUUCUGCAUUAUAAUACUAAUCCACAUUUAGUGAAUUCCAGUGGUGAUAAUGCAGAGCAGAUCGCAAGACGAACUGGAAAAUAUUAUCCUUUAUUUGAAAUGAUAGAACCUUGUCUCAAUAAUAUUUAAGAUCAGUUUAUAUUCUAUAAGUUUGUUCUUUGGAGACACUGUAGCAGUAAAAUUUUUACAAAAAAUUGGAAGUGUAUUUUGAUAUGUUACAAAACUUUUAUUAAAAAAAUCUAACAAAUGUAUAACCGUGUAUGUUGCUUAUCAAAUUACAUAUCAAACCAGUUCAACAAGAAAUCUUUCUGUCAUACGUAUAUUCCAUUCAUAAUUAACAACUAAAACUGGGAUACAGUGACUAUAAACCUAAACAGAUAUUAUCAGUAUUUACACUCUCCAGGAUGAUUAUA